AUGGACGCGCCAGACAGUAGCGCAAUAACUAACGACAAAGUUACGGAUGCAAACCGACCAAGUCAUGGAGAUCUGCUUUUAACUUCCCUACGUGAUCUGAGAGAUCAGGACAUUGUUCAAGAUUUUACAAUUCACGUUGGCGAAGUUUCCUUUCGAGCACACCGCGCCGUGCUUGCUGGUUGCUCUGAUUACUUCCGUGCUAUGUUCUCACACAACACGAAAGAAAAUGGAGAAGGAUCUGUUGAAAUGAAAGAGGUGGACGCAUUUGCUGUCGGAAAAUGCAUUGAUUAUAUGUACACGGGAAAAUCAGAUGUAACAGUCGAAACAGCUGCGGAAAUAUUACACGUAGCCAGUGUGAUGCAAAUUGAUGAACUCACAAAAAUUUGUUUUGACCGCAUCGAAGAAAACUUGUGCCCAGAUACAUGUCUUGCCGCUGCAGAAUUGUUGAAAUUGUUCCAAUGUAACGAUUUAGAAACAAAAGUUGAAAAUUACAUCAAGCAACAUUUUGAUGAUGUCAUGUUGACUGAAAAAUUUUGUAUCCUUUCGGCAGAAGAAACUUUAGAUGUCAUUUUCAAGUAUGCAAAAAAUGAUGAUAUGAUAUGGAAGGCUGGAAAAAAUUGGAUAAAUUAUAAUCUUCAUGAAAGAAACUGCCACAUCGACGACUUUUUAAAAUUAGUUUCUUUAGAAAACUAUCUUUCUCCAACUCUGCUUCAAAACAUAUACAAAGACCCAAUGAUACGGGACUGUCCAAAGCGUUCAGAAUUUUUUUGUCGGCGACUGUUUUCAAGCAUAGAUGACCUGAUGCAAAACCUACGCGUCGAAAAUUGCCUUUUUGUGAAAAUAAUUUCGAACAGUUACAAGUACAUAGCAAAGGAAGCUUCGGAUUUGGGCAGAGAGUUCAGAAAGGCGAAUGGAGCCAAAAAAUAUACCAAUACUAUAUACAGAAGUUUAAAUACAAAUAUAUUGCUUGCAUUGAUACACAGUUUAUUUUUUCUUAGUUCUUGA